UUGAUCAAUUAAAUUGUGGAAACAAUGAUUAGUUUCCAUCUUUUGACCGUCGAGGACAGUGAUUUAGUGUUGGUUAUAUCUUUAAAUUACAGACGUUCUCCAAUUUUAUAGUGCCCCUACCAGAAUGAGUUUCAAUGCAGAUGAACUGGAAGCACCAGAGUGGGUUAAUUCGAAUUUUCUGAAAGAAGUUCUUGAGUAUAAUGGGGAUGUGCGAAAUGUGACGACUCAUGACUAUAAAAUUUCUCCCGCAACUACUCUUGGGGAUCACUUUGCCAGCAUUAUGUUCCGAGCAAAUAUUAGAUUUUCAACUCAAGAUCAACCAAGUGAAAAGCGCUCCAUAAUCAUCAAAACCUUGCCAGUCGUUGAAGGAUUUAAAAAGGAUAUGUUAAGCAAAACCGAAGUAGACUUUUUUGGCACUGAAAUCUUCAUGUAUUCAAAAGUUUUGAGUGAAUGUGCAAACAUGUUGAAGAAUGCAGGCUACAAUGACUUACUGGCUCCAAAGAUGAUUUAUCAGUCAUCAGAGCCAUACAAAGUUAUAGUUUUCGAAGACUUAAAGGAACUCGGAUAUUUUAUGUUCCCAAGAACUAUUCCGAACGAAGAAGAUACUAAAUUAAUUUUCUCUAAGUUAGGACAAUACCACGCGGCUACAUUCAAGCUAGCAGCAGAGGGCCACAAAGGUCUCAAUCUAAAAGGAAGUAUUUUCAAUAUGGGUAACAUGGAGAAUAAAAAUUUCCUUCAAGAUGGAAUCACUUACUUCAAAGAAGUAUUGGAAACAUUGCCCGAAUUCAAGGAGGCCUCAGAAAAACUGAGUAAAAUUUCUUUUGGUAAAAUUGUAGAAAAAUGCAUCCAAACUAUCAAUGCACCUGGCUCUUAUGAGGUCCUCAAUCACGGUGAUUAUCAUAUCAAAAACAUGAUGUUCAAGGGUAACAACAACAAGGAUAUUUCCAAAGUUAUUUUGGUUGAUUUUCAAAUAUGCCACUGGGGUUCACCCGCCUACGACCUUGUCUACAUGUCAGCCAUUUUACCGCCUGGGAUGCGUCCAGGAGCCUACCGACAUUAUUUUGAUACAUUCAUCGAUGUCCUGGAAAAAUCUGGUUACAAAGGAUCAUUACCUGUGUUCGAACAACUACAGAAAGAUUUAAAAUCACACCGAAUUUUAGAUUUAUUUUUACUGUCUACAUUCACAGCAUUUAUUUGCGCGGAUAAAAAAGAAAUAAAUGAACAAAUGGAGACCUUAUUUCAGGAUACAAGUCGAUUCAAAAUAUUCUAUAGACAACCUAACUAUAUUUCGUACGUGAAAGAGUUACUACCAGACCUGCUACAGGAAGGUGUUCUAGACGAUCUUAUAAAUUUUAAUUAAAUGUUUUUUAAUUCAUUAUCCAACAUUGAUUAAAAUUAUUAUUAUUUCCGAUUAAAAAAUAAUCAAGAAAAUA